AUGUCUGAGCAACCACCAAGCCCAAUUUCGGAGUGCACUAGCCGACCUUACGAGGCAAGCAGGGCAAUGUAUUCCCAGGUCUUAGGUCAAGAAGGCAUUACUGGUGCUUCACUACAGUUUCCUCACGGCAUGUUACAAGAUCCAAACCUACUCUUUAACAAACAGUCUUAUAACGGGAUCGCUCCGCCACCGCCGCAAACAUUUUUUCCGUUUUCAGCUGUCGGGGGUGAGUACAGGCAUUCCGAGUUCCAAACAGGCGACCUGGGCCAGCCGCGGCCCUGGUACCCAUUCGCUGCUCCAGAGUACACCGGCCAAGUGGCGGGGUCAACCACCACCACUCAGCCCUCUAACUUGAGUCCCCCUAUAGCCGAGACGAGGGAACAAAUAAAAAUGCCUGAAAUAAAAACCGAGAAGGAAAUGGGCGAGUAUCCUAUCGAAACGAAACUCCAAUCGCAGUUUCCUCCACCGUCGGCCGCAGCCGUGCCCCACGGCGUUUAUUACCCUACCGCUUGGAACCCUUCUUUCUGGCCGGGUCUGACUCCCAUAGCGGCCCCCAACCAUUCUGUGCCUGCUCCCCCAACGUCAACGGCAUCCUCCCCCUCUCUCCCACCUUCACCCCCGGGUAGUGGUUAUCCCGGGACUGGAUUCUUCUCUGCGGGCACCACGCAGGACAUCCCCACCCCUCAGCUACCCAGCUCCAACGCUCGGAGUAGCGGCUCCUCUAGCGGCGGGGGGAGUGACUCGGAGGAAGAGGAAAACCUCUCCACAGAAGAACUGGAACAGUUCGCGAAGGAGCUGAAGCACAAACGCAUCACGCUGGGCUUCACUCAGGCUGACGUCGGCCUGGCCCUGGGCAACUUGUACGGAAAGAUGUUCAGCCAGACGACUAUUUGCCGCUUUGAAGCACUGCAGCUGAGCUUCAAGAACAUGUGCAAGCUGAAGCCACUGCUCCAGAGGUGGCUGAACGAGACUGAGACCUCAGACAAUCCACAAGAUAUGUACAAGAUCGAGCGUGUGUUUGUUGACACAAGGAAGAGGAAGCGGAGAACCAGCCUGGAGGGCACUGUGCGGAGUGCCUUGGAGUCCUACUUCCUCAAAUGCCCCAAGCCCAACACCCAGGAGAUCACGCAUAUCUCUGAUGACCUGGGUCUGGAGAGAGACGUGGUGCGGGUGUGGUUCUGUAACCGACGGCAGAAAGGAAAGCGCCUGGCAUUGCCUUUCGAUGAUGAGUGUGCAGAGGGACAGUACUUUGAGCAGAGCCCGACAAUGGCCCACAUGGGCGCAGCACCCCUGCCACCUCAAGGCUACCCUGGCUCUGCCCAUCCUGCAGCCCCGGCCCUUUACAUGCCACCUCUCCACAGAGCGGACGUCUUCAAACAGGCCCUACAUCCAGGACUGGUGGGUCACCUGACCAGCUAA